GUCGCAAGCAGCAAUGAAGGACCCAAGAUCUAGUGCCCAUCGGCGGCUGAAUAACAAAGGAUACGUAAUCCUUCAUCAAUAUGUAACCAAUGAACUCUGCGAUCGCUUGCUAGGCGCAGCGAAUUCCAUCCCAACUAGUGAGUGGAGUCCGGUGUUUGGCCAAGGUGACGAAAGCGAUGGAAUGGACGACAAGCGCCUGACUGCUGCAGCUCCAACCUUUGACAGCAGAGCUAUACGCAGCUAUUGAAGAGGGUUGCAGGACUUUUUUUUCCUAAUGGCACUGCUUGUGACUGGAGUUAUCUCAAAUCCCUCGAAGGAGGGCAAGCCCAGCCUCCUCACCGCGAUUUCUCUACUGUUCCAGAUGACGAGGACCUUUACGACUACACAAAACUGCCUGCGUCGGUCAUUGUUGGAUUGGAAGGUGGUAGUUUCAUUACAAGCUACGGGUGGAAUCGACUGGUAGCACUACAAGCAGAAGAAGAAGAAAUUCGAUUCGGAAAGGGCGAUGUACUGAUUUUUAGGUGUGAUAUGAUACACGCAGGGGGUGCGUAUAAGACGGAGAAUAUUCGUCUUCACGGAUUCCUUGACCCUGCGAAAGCGGCUCGUGUGGUGCGGGAGGACAAUGCUGUUGAUUUAAUUUAUAUUGUCCCGAACAUGGAGAAAAAACUUGACAAAACAGACGCUACCUGUUAUAUCUACAGAUGUGACCGAGUUUUUGAAAAUGCGCGACAAUUACAAGAGCACAUCCGGGUGGAUCACAGGAUCAAGCUAAACCAGUAUCCUGAUCAUAUCACACAGCCAAAAAGGAAGAAGUACACCACGAUGCAAACGUAAGCAAGGUUAGAUGGGUUAAUAUUGGACGUCUAAUGCAAUUAACGUUUUUGCGUUCUUUGCAUUGUGGAUGUUGGUUCAAACUUCGAACAUCCCCC